GUUGGGCUAGGUGGUGUCCCUCACGUAUCGUGUGCAUACAUUUUUCGACGUUCGCCAAUUGAUUGCAAUCCCGCGCCUAAAGUGAAAAUCAGCCUGCUGCUUUGUGAAAUUGUGGAAUCGCAGUGCCUCCACCCAAGCCGCUACUACCCAGCAACGCGCGUUUUAUUUAUUCACGAGACACAUUUGUACAGUGAAAAAUCAUGGCUGAUAAUCCAUCUAGGAUGAAGGCUGACAACAAAAAGAAAUUGAAUGUUGGCAAUCUGCCAGUCGACAUCACCGAGGACGAACUGCGUGACCUUUUUGCGGACCAUCCGGUUGAAAGUGUGGAAAUUUUCCACUACAAACAGUACACCUUAGCCCUGUUGCUCUUCAAAGAUAAGGAGACGGCAACGAAGGCUCUCAAGGAGAAAGAAAACUCUGUCUUCCGCGGACGUCGGCUGCGUAUGCACCUUGAGUUCAUCGUCAUUUGUCACAUGAAGAAGGAUGUCUUCGUGCAUGUUGUUGACAAUGAGAAUGUAACGGAGGAAGAUGUGUAUGAGAAGUUUAAGGAUCUGGCUAAGGUCCAGUCGGUGGUUUUGUUCCAUCCGCUUGCCUACGUGACUUGCACCAGUCCGGAGGACAAGGAGGAAGCAAUGAAAAAGAUCACUGAAGCUGGCAUUAACGUGUACGAUUGUAACGGGCACGAUCAGAACCAGCACAUUGACGUGCUGCGGGCUGCAAAAUUGUUCUUCCGCAAUUUGAACCGCGUCCAGAUGUACAACAUUCCGGAGAGCUGGAUCAGCUCCCAGGACGAGCUGAAGAAGGCCGUCGAGAGCUCCGGCACCGUUACUGAGGUGCGCGUCACAACCGGGAAUUUUGGUCCGGCCGCCCAAGUUUUCUACGAGACGGCCGAAGAGGCUAAAGCCGCUGCUGACAAGUUGAACCAGCAGCUUUUCGAGGGUAAGCGCGUUCAUGCGCAUCACGUUAUUGCCACAAUGAUACCGAAUUACAAGACGAGCGUGUACGUUGAAAAUUUGGACAAAACUAUCACAGAGGAGAUGCUGUACUUGCACUUUGAGCAGUACGGCGAAAUCGACUUCGUCAAUCGUCGUAAGUUUGGCGAUGAGCACGGUAUGGUCUGCUUCAAGGAGGCUGGCUCAGCCGAACGCGCGCUCGAGUGUACCACCAUACCGGUACCGGAGAAAGAGGAAGAGAGCGCUGCGUCCGAGAAGACUAUAUCCGUCAAGCGAUAUGAUGGACCACUUGUGUUGGACAUCAAGCUGCCCGCGUUGAAGAAGGGAGCCUCCAGCGAGGAAGGCGAAGAACAGAAACAGCGCCCACCGCCACAACCGCUAGCAAAGCUUUGGCCCAUCUACGUGGCGAAUCUGCCGUACAAGGCAGAUAAGCGUGAAAUUAAGCAGUAUUUCUCCAGUUACGGUGGACACAUUAAGUUCAUCUUCUCUCCAAACAUUCCCUCGUACAAGCAAAGCCAAACGUCUAUGGUGAUGGCAGCGCUGAUCUAUUUCGCGCGUCGUGAGCAAGCGAACGAAGCGAUCAAGGCGUUCAAUGGCAAGCACUUCCAGAGCAAAUGUCUGCACGUAUUCCCAGGACGCAAGGAUACGUACUUUGAUACGGAAAAGUCGAUUAAGGUCGUACGACUGAACUUGGCCGUUACCGAGGAGAAGUUGUUUGAAAAGUUCCGCAAAUUCGGCUUCAUCGAGUGCGUUGUGAAGAAGGAUCGAACCACGGCGUACAUCGAGUUCCGUGACAAGGAAAUCGCAGAGAAAGUGCUCAAGCUAGACGAAAAGCAGCGCCCUGUGCGAUGCAACGUGGAACCGGUGACGGGCAAAAUCAAUAAGAAAAUCUUCAAGGAGAACGAUGAAAAGAUUUCACUUUCAAUGCAAGAAAUCAUUGACAAGAACCCAGCCGUACUUGAGAACGUUUCAUCCGAUCGUUCCAGUGGCCCUCCACCGUUAAAGCGCAGCCGUUUUAGUGGACCAGCCAACUUUGGCAUGCAGGGACCUCGCAAUCAGUUCAAUCCAAACAAUGGUGGCGAUUUUAGCAACCCGCAGGUCAUACAAGAUUUACUUCGGUUGGCUUUCAUAUCCGGCAAAAAUCUCGGUGAGGGUCUUGCUAUCACUGGAAACAGCAACCCAUUCAACAGCGGUGAUCCACCACUACCCAACUUGAACCUGACCAAUGGCUUCGGUGGUGGUGGCCAGCGGAACAACUUCAACAACUCGAAUAAUGGCAAUUUUGGUGGCAGCUCCAACAAUGCUGGAGGCAACAUGGGCGGAGGCAAUCGCAACAAUAUGGGUGGUGGUGUAAACCGAAACUUUGGCCAAAAUGCUGGUGGUGGCGGCGGAGCGAUGGGUAGUGGCGGCUAUCGUCUCAACAUGGGUGGUAAUUUCGGUGGCAAGCGAUUCAACGGCUCCCAACAGACAAACCGGAUGGGUCAAAACAAUCGCCAGGGAGGCGGCAACCAAAACCGACGUUUCUAAGCACCACAAAUUGGUAGUGUAAGAAACUAAAACACCAUGGCUCUUACGAGAUACACUAACACUCUCAGACGGACACCCCCUCCCCCCAUACACACACUCAUCUUAUGAAUCUACAUUCUUUUGACUUCUUGAACGUUCAUACUUUUGUUAGUUUUCUCUUGGUCACUACUGGACGAUGCAAUGCCACGACGUACUUCCUCGUGGCCAGGAUCUCCUUAUAUGUGGCGUAUUUUUAGCGGUUAACGCAAUUCAGACGAAAAUGAUCACGUAUGGCGAUAAGAAAUGUUUGAAUAGUCUACAAAUACUACAUUUAGGCCGUUUAAGGAGAUCAUCUUAUCACACAGUGUAUAUUACAGACAUUACCCCCAAAUGUGGAGGUAUUAUGAACACAAAACAACGUGCAAAAACGUAACUCUUUUACAACGCAAAAAAAUACUUCGUCGUGUAUUUUUUUUAUUUCAAUAUUUUAUGCAACAUUUAUUCUUAUAGUGGAAGAUUGAAUAUUUGGAAAGGAUGUUCCAUUGUGCGAAAUCAACUUCAUUGCAAUCAAUAUUACGUUACUGCAAAGUUCUUGAUUGAAUGAUUGACUUAUCGACGUAUUUUUAGCAUGAAAUAAAUGUUGGUAACUUUGUAUUUUUUGCAUCUUUCAACUAAUUGUUGGUCGUCACAUAUCGAAUGGUUCAUUCAAAAAUACAUACUCGAUUGCGUGAAUUUUACGAUAGACCGAAUGAUGCAGUUAACUUUUUGGAUCUGUCUAAAAACGACACAAGUAGGGCCAGCAUGCGUAAAGAGUGCUGAAUAGGACUGAGGAUUAUCCAUUAUGCGUGUAUGUUAGAACACAUUAUCUUUUAGCUUUUGUUUAUUGAAAUCAAUUUAUAGAGGAGAUCCUGAUACCAGAUCAUUUUCAGGAGGCAACGUAUAUGAUUCAAUAAAUUUGUGCUGCCGAUGAAUGGCUACACAUAAAUAGAUCUUUGCGCGACAUGCAACAUAUGAAGUUAAGAAAUCUUUUUAAAAAGAGAAACAAUAUCUAUGGCUAACGUACUGUACUGUAUGAAUAACAUUGAAACCACAUGAUAAUCCCAAUAUGAUAUAUGGUUCAUCGAUUUAUAAGAAGUUAACUGAAAAUAGACCGGGCCAUGUGUGUUUAUGUCAGUAUUGGCAUCAGUUCCAUUGGUUACAUAUGUUGAUGAAAUAGUCUUGAGUAACGCAGUUAACACUCACAAAAGCACAAUUGCAAGCAGAAUAGGCAUACAUAUUUUCAGGCACUCGCUUGCGAGUCUGGCAUGUAGCAAACGAUAAUCCACGAUACGUUGUGUACUUUCCUGAAACUUUGAUCGUGCGCAUUAGCUGAUGUGUAAGAUUCUAACAAGCAAAUGUGCACAAUUUAUUCGCUAACUACGCGGCUCUGUGAAAUCAAUUGGAAUCAAUAAUUGGAUAAAGUUUACUGGUUAGCUUACCUAAAUGGAUAUGCUAUAGUUGGACACAUUAGCGUAUUUUUAUAUCAAUACAACCAUGAAGUGCACAGUAAUAGUAUACUGAAUGCUCGUACCAGUGAAGAUGAGAUGAGCAGAUGAAUUACUAGUUUACUUAGUCGAGCACAAACAGUUUCUGCCGUUGUGGGGGCUCAUCCCCAAGCUGCUAGACAAAGUAAAAGAACAAAAGUUCAUGGGUGGUAGCUUUUGAGCUGCUACCGACAUGUAGGCAGCUUUACAUGAAUGAGAACGGGAACUCCUAACUAAACAACGGAUCAAAAAUAUUGCAUUUUUCUGUACGAGAUGUGUUUUCUAUACUUUGAUCGUGUGUGACCAUGCCGGCCACUACUUGCUGCAUUGGACACUAGAAUGGAUGCCAUCGUAACAUUGAAAUGGUUUGUUAGGUAACAUAGUAAAAUUUUAAACCAACAGCAAAACCAACAAUUUACAAUUCAUCCCUUUCUCUACUCUUACAACUAACAACUUAUUAUGUAACUAUAAAGUAAUAAUUAGUGUGAGCAAAUUUCAUAAAAUGCAACUCAAAACGAUAACGUAUUAAAAGUGGCCAAGUGGUGGUCUAAUUGAAGGUAAUGUCGCUAUAAUUAAUGGGAAAAAGUAUUUCUCGAAAUGCAACCAUAAAAAUUGAAAACAGAAAAAAUAAAGUAAAAAAUUGUAAAACAUACACGGAAAAGCAAUUUGCUGUUUUUACAC